CCUCGAGUAAAAACCCAGCCCUUUCACGACGCCUCCUCCAUCUCUCCUUGUCUUCAAGCUCACAACAAGUAAAACUAGACUCACCAAUGGCUUCAUCAUCGACUGCCGCACGAGAAUUACAGAAAGAGUUGGAGGCCAAAGCCAACGAUCUGAGCAAACUCCAAAAAGAUAUAUCAAAGAACCACCAAGUCAGAAAGAAGUACACCAUCCAGCUUGGUGAAAACGAGCUCGUCCUUAAGGAGUUGGAUCUGUUGAAUGAGGAUGCAAAUGUCUACAAAUUGAUAGGACCAGUGUUGGUAAAGCAGGAUCUGGCAGAGGCAAAUGCAAAUGUUCGGAAGAGAAUUGAAUAUAUUUCAGCUGAAUUGAAGCGUCUGGAUUCAACUCUUCAGGAUUUGGAGGAAAAGCAAAAUAGCAAGAAAGAGACGAUUUUCAAGUUACAGCAAAGGAUUCAAUUGCUUCAGGCUGGAAAAGCCAAGGCUUAAUUUGCAUUAUUACAAGUAUGCAUUUGGUUAUCCAGUAUGUUGGUUGUUUUCAGAUGUAACUUCUUUUUCGCUUUAAACUGCGAUUGUUUUUGCUCGUAAUAUGCAUAUUAGAAAUUGGUUCCAUCUUUGUUAUCAUGUAAAAUGCAGAGAAUGGUUACAUGUAGGUGAUUGAUAGGAUAUUUGCGUAAUCAUAUUUGGAAUCGUACGAUGUUAUUUUUGGUUUAAUUUUAAAGCAAUGAGUGAAAAUGGUUGAAGCAGGUAA